GAUCACGUGGGCGCACACCCCUGCCUGUACAGGUGGAUCUGCUCCACAGUGCUACAGCGCGCGGCUAUUCCCGCGUCAUUCGCAGAAGAUUCGGCGGCAGAGAGCAAAGUUGGGAGCAUUCUGCCUACCAACGUCGCGCCGGAACAACGAACGCAUUUGCACUGGAUAGGUAGACAUUUGCAAAUACCCAGUGCCCUCCACCAUGGCUAA